AUGCGCGUUCACCGGGUGUUUUACGUGGGUUUGCUCAAGCCGGAUCGGGAUCCGGCGCAUAUGAACGCGGAAGCGUUGACGCCAGAGUGGAUCCCACGGGCCCUCGGCCACUCAAAAAUUGAACCAGCAACUGGUUCUGAGCACGGAGUGCAACAACCUCCAUUUCUAAUGGCGCCAAGUGCCCCACCGUUGCCUGCAGCGAUGCAUUCGCCUGCUCCACGACUAGCAGUCGCUCCGACAGAGCGCGGUAGUCCUCAAGGUGAGGCAGCCGGUGCACGACGCACUCUAAAUCAUCAAGAGCGUCCGCAUGGCGUUAUGCUACUUCAGCGUGACGCUCAGCGGAGCUCCGAUCAUGAAAGUCCUCAUCCUCAAGGGCUCGAAGUGUAUCGCGAGUCACCAGACGGCGAUCGACCCGGUCGUCACCGCCCGCCACCGACUCUUCUCGAUGAGAUCGAUGACGUCCACUAUCACGUGGAACGUCUAGUAGGACGACGCCGUCACCAGGGUCAGACCAUAUAUCUGGUGAAGUGGCGGGAGUAUCCCGACUCCGAAAACUCGUGGGAGUUUGAGACGCCACUUUGGCAAGAUCAUUCAGACGCCGUGGACGCUUUUGAUCAGGAAGAUCAGGACGCCCCGCGUCAUCAGACGCGCUUUUUGGCAAUAGCCAGGGAAGUAGAAGUGUCAUGGGAUUUAACGGCGUGCUCUGAGUUUGGCAACCUCAAAUCGGAGGUGUCGCUCCACACGCACGUCCACUUCCUUGUGGCUCAACUGUAA